CCCUCCCAAUUUCCCCCGUCAGUUCCACCCCCCCUUCUUAAAAAGACUAUUGUGUGUUUGGCGGGGGAGGGCACGGGAUUGAUUCUUUAAGGAGGGAGCCUGGCUCUGGAGAGGUCUGUGGGAUCCGCCGAGGGGUCACCGGGAUGAAAAUGGAGGAGCAGGAUUUGGUCAACUCCAUGGUAAAGGAUGGUUAUGAAGGGGUAGGCGCAGCACCUCAUGUCCUGCAGGCCAAGAGUUUCAGGGAAUUCCACCCAAGGAGACCGGAAGAGCAAAUCAAACAGGAAAAAGACGAAGGACCAUUUCAGAGGUGGGAAAACCAAUGGCAAGAGUUCCUGAAGACGGUGGAGUCUCCUUGCUCAGGCUGGGGGGUCCCCCAGUUGCCAGAGGAGCCCAGGCCGUGGGACGACACCAAGGGCUUCCUGGCCGCUUUUGAGCAAGUGGCCGAAGCCUGCAGGUGGCCCAGGGAAGAGUGGGUGACCCGGCUCCUGCCGGCUCUCCGUGGAGAAGCCGAGCAGGCCUUCGACAGGCUGGAGGGGCGAGACAGAAAGGAUUAUGAGAAACUGAAGGGGGCCAUCUUGCGACAGGACGCCAUGCGCCGGGAGAAGCAGCGGCAACACUUCCGGCGCUUCUGCUACCAAGAGGUGGAGGGGCCUAGAGGGGCCUACAGCCAGCUCUGGGAACUUUGUCGCGGGUGGUUAAGGGUUGAGAAGCACUCCAAGGAGCAGAUCCUGGAGCUGCUGGUCCUGGAGCAACUCCUGACCAUCCUGCCACGGGAAAUGCAGAGCUGGGUGAGGGAGCACGGCCCGGAGACCUGCGCCCAGGCGGUAGCCCUGGCCGAGGAUUUCCUGCUGAGGCAGCGAGAGGCCGAGAAAGAGGAGAAACAGAUCCUAGUGCCGUUUGUGGAGGUGGCUGUGAGUUUCUCUGAGGCAGGGCAGGGCCCGUCUGAUCUCAAGUCGACAGAGCUGUGCGUGGAAACGAAGCAGGUGGCUGACCCCAUACUUUUGGAUUAUGAACAGGUUGGUGAAAGAGAAGAAAAAAAAUACCAGCUUGAGGAUCUUAAGCCAAUGGAGCCAUCUCGAAGAAUAGCUAGGGAGAGUUUUCCCCAUAAUCAAAUCCAAGGGGGAGCAUACGAGGAUGAACAUGGACCACUUGGGCAGUUCGGUGACCAUUGCCUUAGGAAUGUGAUGGAUAGAUCUGUUUCCUCCAUGUCAGACGAGGAGGCCUUUGGUGAAAGCCUCCAGUGGAAGAAAUCAAACUCACUCAGUGGUCCCGAGGAAGCUUUCAAGCGGGGCUCUGAUUUUGUCAAACACGACAGAGCUGAUGCUCAGGAGGGGUCAUACCAGUGCACAGAGUGUGGGAAAAUUCUCAGUCGUAAGGAUCACCUCAAGAGACACCAGCAGAUCCACACGAGGAAGAAGAAACCGCAUCAGUGCUUGUAUUGUGGGAAGUGCUUCCGGCAAAAGUCAGACCUUAUUUUUCACGAGAGAAUCCACACAGGGGAGAAACCACACCAGUGCUCUGUCUGUGGGAAGAACUUUAGGAGUACUUGCCAGCUGAUUGUCCAUGAAAGAAUCCACACCAGAGAGAAACCUUACAAGUGCUCUGCCUGUGGGAAGAGAUUUAGCCAGAACGCAAACCUCACUGUGCAUCUAAGAACCCACACCGGCGAAAAGCCAUACAAAUGCUCUGUCUGUGAAAAAAACUUCAUUCAGAAAUCACACCUUAUGAAACAUGAGAGAAUCCACACACGGAAAAAGACCUGCAAUUGUUUAGCUUUGAAAGAGCUUCCAUCAGAAUGAGCUUCUUUCCACAGCAUGACUGCUGUGCUUGCGGAAAGUACUUCAUUUGCAAUGUGUACCUUCUUUCACAUGAAAGAAGCCACAGGGAGAAGAAUUAGAUAAGCACUUGAUAUGUAACACAAAUUUUUGGUCAUAAUUUUGUCCUUAGCAGACAUCAAGGAACCCAUCUGGAGGAAAUUCCAAACAAUGGUGGCUGGUGCCAUUUGAGAGUGGUAAGCGGGGAAAGCAGGGAGGCCAACAGCGGCUGGAGCCAGAGUCAAUGACAGGCAGAAUCAACUAAUUCUAAUUUUGUCUGCAUCCUCCUUCCUCCUGAGCUCUCCAAGGGCAAAACUGAGGCUAAGGAGGAGGAAGCUGACAGCCGGUGGCUCUCCCUGGAGUUUUAAGUAAGAAGGCAGGCAGGUGGGGGUUGGCUGAAGGCAGACUAAGGUUGGUGGGGCCAGGACUGUGGAGUCGGAGUCGUGGAGUCGGAGUCGGGAGCAAUUAUGGGUGGAGUCGGAGUCGGUAGAAAUGUUCCAACUCCGACUCCUUCAUAAAUGGCAAAUGUAUAUUAACUAGUAAUAACAGAUUUACUGUAGUAAACUG